AUGGCUCCUGAGAUCCUUACAGGUAAGGGUUACUCUUAUAUUGUUGAUUUUUGGAGUUUAGGUGUUAGCUUUUAUGGAUUUCUAUGUGGAGGAAUGCCAUAUGGCGAAGAAGUUAAUGUAAUCUUAUGUUUAUAGUAGGACCCUUAUGAUAUAUACGAUUUCAUCGUUACCAAAGAAUUAACAUUUCCUAAUUUCUUAUAAGACGAAUAAGCUAAAAUUUGCAUAAGAUAGUUAUUAUCUCAAUAACCUGAAACUAGAUUAGGAAAUUCAAUUGCUGAUUUAAAAGCUCAUGCAUGGUUUGAAGGUUUUGAUUGGGAUAAAUUGUACACCCAGUAAUUAAAGCCACCUGUAUGAAUUUACAUUAAAUCUUAGUCUAUACCUCCUUAAGACUAAAUGAUUUCUGAUACGGAAAUUAAGACAUAAAUUUAAUAAGGCAAAUUUAUUUAAUAAGAGAUUGAGGAACAAUAGUCAAAAAGAAAGAUUAAAUAAAAUUAAAUAUUAGAUCUUGAUUGGGAUGAAUCAUUUUGA